AGAGGAGAAGGAGGAGGAGAAAGAAGAGGAGGAGGAGAAAGAGGAGAAGGAGGUGAACAACUUACCCUGCUGAGCUUCCUUUGGGGAAUUCGAACAUCAAGAUUUAGAUCAGCAUGUAAAAUCUACACCAAGUGUCUGCCAACUACAGGUCGGACUCCCUUCCCCUUACCCAUUUUCAUUUUUCCUCUCCGUUUUUUCUGCUGUAUCGGAAAGACCAAGACAAAACUGUCUCUGUUUCUAGCUCCACUGCCAGUGAAGGAGUUUUCAUUCAGACUUUCCGAAGAGAGGUGGACAAACCUAAAGAUUCGGGAGAAGAGGUCCUGUGCACUAUAUGAGCCUUUGGUCUUUUGCUUUUCUCAGCAUGGAUAAACCCUUUCCUCAAGGAUUUUCUGAUGUGCCCUGAGGUCCAUGUAACUACAAGGGCUCCUCUUUAUCACCUUAAGUGCCACUCUGACCCCAAACCACUCAGAACUUACAACUCAAGGCAAGAUGGAUGCUGCAGUGACAGAUGAUUUCCAACAAAUUCUGCCUAUUGAACAGCUGCGCUCUACUCAUGCUAGCAAUGAUUAUGUGGAACGGCCUCCAGCCCCCUGUAAACAGGCCCUCUCCAGCCCUUCCCUUGCUGUGCAAACCCACAAAUCUGAUUGGUCCCUGGCUACCAUGCCUACUGCUCUCCCUCGCAGUCUUAGCCAGUGCCAUCAGUUGCAGCCCUUGCCUCAGCAUCUGAGCCAAUCUAGCAUUGCCAGUUCGAUGUCCCAUAGCACCACUGCCUCUGAUCAAAGGCUUUUGGCUAGCAUAACGCCCUCACCUUCAGGCCAGUCCAUCAUCCGAACCCAGCCUGGAGCAGGGACUCACCCAAAGGCUGAUGGUGCUCUGAAGGGAGAAGCUGAGCAAUCUGCAGGGCAUCAAAGUGAGCACCUCUUCAUCUGUGAGGAGUGUGGGCGCUGCAAGUGUGUCCCCUGCACAGCAGCUCGCCCCCUCCCCUCCUGCUGGCUGUGCAACCAGCGUUGCCUUUGCUCUGCUGAGAGCCUCCUCGAUUAUGGCACUUGUCUCUGCUGUGUCAAGGGCCUCUUCUAUCACUGUUCCACUGAUGAUGAAGACAACUGCGCAGAUGAGCCCUGCUCCUGUGGGCCUAGCUCCUGCUUCGUCCGCUGGGCAGCCAUGAGUCUCAUCUCCCUCUUCCUACCCUGCCUCUGCUGCUACCUGCCUACCCGUGGAUGCCUCCAUCUGUGCCAGCAGGGCUAUGAUAGCCUCCGGCGACCAGGCUGCCGCUGUAAGAGGCACACCAACACUGUGUGCAGAAAAAUCUCUUCUAGUAGUGCACCCUUCCCCAAGGCCCAGGAAAAGUCUGUAUGACUUUCCGACAUGAUGGAUCCAGAGCUUUCUCCUUCUAGCCCCAAUCACUAAAGGAUAGGCCUCAUCUUUGGAAAGGAGGAGUAACAAACUAGCCAAAGUUAGGCCUCACCUCUUUUAUUCUUGCAGCGUCAGGGGAAUGGCCAAGUUCAUCCUGGUGCAGGAUGCCUUGUUCUUUCUCACACUUUCAAUCCCAUUCCUCCUCAAACUUUACACACCCUGCCAGUUCAGCCCUUAUGGCUGCCUUGGCAAAUUCAGGUGAUACAUGGGCAUGAGGUUUGAACACUGAGGACUGA